AUGUCUUCGCUCCCGCCUGUUUAUAUAGUCUCCUCUGCCCGAACUCCUGUGGGGUCCUUCUUGGGCUCUCUUUCAAGCUUGACUGCCCCACAGCUCGGUUCUCACGCUAUCAAAGCUGCUCUUGCUAAAGCCGAGGGACUUCAGCCUUCGGAUGUUCAGGAGGUCUUUUUUGGCAAUGUUAUUUCCGCCAAUGUUGGACAAAAUCCUUCUAGGCAGUGCGCACUCGUUGCAGGCCUCAAGGAAUCAACCGUAUGCACUACCGUUAACAAGGUCUGCGCAUCCGGCCUGAAGGCAAUCAUUCUUGGAGCUCAGACCAUCAUGACUGGAAACGCUGAUGUCGUUGUGGCUGGUGGCACCGAAUCAAUGUCAAACGCACCGCACUACCUUCCUAAUAUGCGCACUGGAGCUAAAUAUGGCCAUCAGACACUGGUUGAUGGUAUCAUGAAGGAUGGCCUGAUGGAUGCAGGAAGCCAGGAACUUAUGGGCCUUCAAGCAGAGGAGUGUGCUCAGGAUUAUGGAUUUAACAGAGAACAACAGGACGAUUACGCUAUUCGCACGUACCAGAAGGCCCAAGCAGCUCAGAAAGCUGGCCUGUUCGAUGAUGAGAUUGCCCCGAUUCAACUUCCUGGAUUCAGAGGAAAACCAGGUGUCACUGUCUCACAGGAUGAGGAACCCAAAAAUCUCAACGCCGAGAAACUCCGAAGUAUCAAGCCUGCAUUUAUCCCUGGUUCUGGGACAGUGACGGCACCUAACUCUUCUCCUCUCAAUGAUGGUGCUGCUGCUGUUGUCCUCGUUUCAGAGGCCAAGUUGAAGGAACUUAACCUAAAACCCGUGGCCAAAAUCCUCGGAUGGGGAGACGCCGCUCAGCAGCCCAGCAAAUUCACCACGACCCCUGCCCUCGCAAUUCCCAAGGCCCUAAAGCAUGCAGGUGUCGAUCAGGACGCAAUUGAUGCUUUUGAGAUCAACGAGGCUUUUAGCGUUGUUGCCCUUGCUAACAUGAAAUUACUUAAUAUUCCUGAGGAAAAGGUCAACAUCCACGGCGGAGCGGUAGCCAUUGGUCACCCUGUUGGUGCUAGUGGCGCACGUAUCUUGACCACUCUGCUCGGGGUCCUGAAGGCGAAAAAAGGCAAGAUUGGAUGUGCUGGGAUCUGUAAUGGUGGUGGUGGAGCCAGUGCUAUGGUUGUUGAGCUCCUUGAAUAA